GUCAGCUUUUCGUGAGUCCGAACUAUUAACUGGAGCAAAAUGAUUCAAAUUUUAUUUUUUGUCAUGCUCGGUAGUUUAUUUGCAGUCAGUCGAGCCGAUGAAACUAUCAUCCAAGAAAACUCAGAAGCCCGUCAGUCGUAUCCCGAUAAUCCGUACUUUCAUUCCGUUGCAUAUCCUUUCGGUUACGGUUGGGGCAUUGCGGCCUAUGUGUUCAUAGUGUUCAAAGCGGUUUUCUUAUUUACUUCUUUUGUGGUUUGGGCAUACUCAGAAGCAGGAUUCACAAAACGUGACCAUGGCAGAGCGAGUGAGUACCAAUGGAUUGACUCGAUCGUACAGCUGGUGGCCCCGAGGACUUCGGAGGAUUGUCGUCGGGAAGUGAUCUGCGAAGCGGAAGCAUACGUUGCCGGGAACCCAAUACUGCGGUUGAUGUCGCAGUUUGGUGGCGGAAUGGGAGGCGAGUGCAAAAUGGCAACCUUCAGCGGAGAGUGUAGUGCGAUCACAAUCCAGGACGUGAUUUUUAGCCAGUUGAGGCCAAUGUUGAGGCGUCCGUCAAAUGUGAAUUGGGGCUCGUCGUUACUUAAUAAAUUUUUAUAA